AUGUUCAGAAAUACAUCGACGGGAAACUACACUAUUGAAGUACAUCAGAUUCAUCUACCAAAGUAUGCAUACAUUGUGAUUGGAGUAUUGAUGAUGAUUGCAUCUGUCAUCGGUAUAACACUCAAUGGCCUGAUUGUUUACGUCUUUUGCCGACAGCCAUCACUUAAAACUCCCACAAACUACUUUGUCUUGGCUCUUUCUAUUUUGGAUCUAUUAAUGUCUCUAUUCGGAAUACCUAUGGUCGUGGUUUCAAGUUUUAAACAACAUUGGGCAUUCGGCGACAAAGGCUGUGUCUAUUAUGGAUUCAUUAUGACGUUUUUAGGUCUGUCCAUCAUAACCAUACUGGCCAUGAUUUCUAUUGACCGUUACAUCGUCAUAGUUAAGACGCAUCUCAAACCGUUGAUAAAUGAACGUGUUGCUGUGAGCCUGAUAUUCGGCUGUGUACUGAAUGGACUUGCCUGGGCAAUAGCUCCUCUAGUUGGAUGGAGCAAGUAUGUAUUAGAGGGUUUCGGCAUAUCCUGUUCCGUCAACUGGACUAGUAAUUUAGCUGAGGACGCGUCCUUUAGUGUUGCAUCACUUGUCCUUUUUCUAGUUGUUCCUUUAGGAGUAUUCUGCUUCUGUUACGGAAACAUCUUUUAUAAGGUUAGAAAAAGUGGAAACUUACAGAUGUUUACUGAAGCUGAUCGCGGGUCAUCCAAAAUGGACAGAGAUGUGGCGAAAACGAUCCUAUGGAUGAUAUUGGCGUUCAUGAUGUCAUGGUUUCCCUACGCCACUUUAACGUUGAUUACUGUUAUCGGUGGAUCAUCUUCUAUAUCCCCUGAAAUGACUGUCUGCCCUACAAUACUGGCUAAAAUCAGUGUAAUUUGGAACCCUUUGAUAUACACAUAUAGGAACAGAGAAAUCCGUAAGUCCAUGGUAGAACUGUUACCAUUCCUUUCGUUCCUGUUCAAUUUACCUUGUGUAAGAUGCCAGAAUCACACCCAAAUAAGGCCAGAUAUUUAUAGAAACAACGCAGAAGGUCAGAUAGCAGUUUUACCACAUACGUCAACGUCAACAGAGAGUACCCAGACGAGGAACAACCGCCUGCAACGGCAAGACAGACAAUUGGACGUUACUGAUAACGAAUGCACAGCAUCUGCCAAGAUAGCUUUAAAAUCAUACCCUCAAUCACGUCAAACGACAAACACAGAUAUGUUUACUGUUCAUAACGUAGACAGCACUACUGUAUAG